UUUUAAAAGGCAGCAAACAGCUAAAAGACGCCAUGGGCUUCUUAACAGUAUUGAAAAAGAUGCGUCAAAAGGAAAAAGAGAUGCGUAUUCUACUGCUUGGGCUGGACAACGCAGGAAAAACAACAAUCCUCAAGCGUUUUAAUGGAGAGUCCAUUGACGAAAUCUCGCCCACCUUGGGCUUUAAUAUUAAGACACUGGAGCACAAUGGCUACACACUAAACAUGUGGGAUGUGGGCGGACAGCGAUCGUUGCGUUCCUAUUGGCGCAACUAUUUUGAGUGUACUGAUGGUCUUGUCUGGGUCGUGGAUAGUGCAGAUCGUAUGCGCAUGGAAUCCUGUAAGCAAGAGAUGCAAAUACUGCUUCAGGAGGAGCGCUUGGCUGGCGCAACGUUACUUGUGCUGUGCAACAAACAGGAUUUGCCUGGCGCUUUAAAUUCAAACGAAAUCAAAGAGAUACUAUGUUUGGAUGAUAUCACCACACAUCACUGGUUAGUAGUUGGAGUUAGCGCAGUAACCGGAGAGAAGCUGUUAAGUUCCAUGGAUUGGCUUAUAGAUGAUAUUGCCAAACGAAUAUUUACGUUAGAUUAGAAUAAAUGGCCAUGGCUAUUUCUCAAGCAAA